GCAGACGAUUUUUUUGUCAUGUGUUCCUUAAUUUCGUUUGCGUUGACUUUUGUUGACAGUUAAAAAAGUUCGGAAGUAAACGUUUUGUUAACAAACUAUAAACGAUGUCAGGUAAACCACGUCCUUGUGGAUGCAAAGGGUACCGCUCUUGCUUGCUAUGUGAAAAAGAAUUUAAUCUAUUACCUUUUAAGGAUGACUCAUUUACAGCAGAGUCGCUGGAAGAAAAAGGGAUUCAAUCGUAUGUGUUUUGCCCAGCUUGUAAUUUAGCCUGGCCAGGUUGGGACUUUGAUCCAACACAUCAUCCAAACCAUCGUGGUGAACCAAUUGAAUUUCCUGGGAUUUACAUUCAGCAAGAUUUUUUCAGUGAAGAAGAAAUGGUUAAACUCAUGAGUUCAUUUGACUCUAUUCCUUGGGAGUAUUCUGUUAGUGGAAGACGUAAGCAGAACUUUGGACCAAAAACCAAUUUUAAGAAGAGAAAACUACAACUUGGUAGUUUUAAAGGAGUCCCCAGCUUUUCUAAAAUAUUUCAUGACAGGAUUGAAAGUGUUCCUCUUCUGAAGGAUUAUCAUACUAUUGAACAAUGUAGUUUAGAAUAUGAUCCAGAAAGAGGUGCCUCCAUUGAGCCACACAUAGAUGACUGCUGGGUUUGGGGUGAACGUAUUGUGACCCUCAAUUUAGCUGGCGACAGCGUUCUUACGAUGACUAAAUACCAUGGAGGCGUUGAAAAAUAUAAUUUACAAGAUGUUGAUAUAGAGCUCCUUAAAACUGAAGAUAUUCCUGACAUCUGUGUUAGAAUUCCACAACCGGCAAGGUCGUUAGUGAUGAUUUAUGGUUCAGCCCGUUACCAGUGGCUUCAUUGUGUGUUGCGCCGUGAUAUUAAAGAACGUCGAGUUUGUAUCGCCUUAAGAGAAUUUACAAAACAGUUUUUGAAUCCGAACCACCUCAUGGGGCAAAUAGUUUUGCAAGCAGCCUCGAACUAUUUUUGAAAUUUGACUUAUAAAUACAACUGAAACAACAUUUA